AGCUCGGUUACUUCCGUCUCUGUCCUCCUAUUUUUAGGAUCGAAUUGGUGCAGGAUUAAGAUCUGGACAUCAUGUGGAGACAGACAGGACACACCGCGUGUCUGAUCACUCUUUGUGUUGUUGUGAUUGUUCUGACGGUUCCUGUUAGUUCUGGUGAUCAGAGCUCUACGGUGGAAGAUCAGGAGACUUAUUCAAGGUAUUAUAGUUAUGAUGAGCUGACCAGUCGCCUCAAGUCUCUCUCGGACAGAUAUCCUCACAUCUCCAACCUGAGCAGCAUCGGGCGAUCGUUCCAGGCCAGAGAGCUGUGGGUGAUGCGGAUCACCAGCGAGCCAAACGCCGCCGACCUGCCUGCUAAACCCAAAUUCAAAUACGUAGGUAACAUGCACGGGGAUGAGACCAUCUCACGCCAGGUUCUGAUCUAUCUCAUCGAGCAUCUCCUGACCACAUACGGAGACGAUCAGCGGGUCACAGGGCUCGUAAAUAACACCGAUAUUUACAUCAUGCCCAGCAUGAACCCGGACGGAUUUGAGAAGUCGGUCGAAGGGGAUUGUGGUGGUCAUCACGGGGGGAGACAGAACGCCAAGAACAUCGACCUCAACCGCAGCUUCCCUGAUCAGUUCGAUCAGAUCAAUGUGAAUAAAGAAGAUAUUCCUGAACUCACCGCUGUGAUCAAGUGGAUUCUGGAAAACAAGUUCGUCCUGUCUGGGAAUCUUCACGGUGGCACCGUGGUGGCCAGCUACCCGUUCGACGACUCGGCAUCGCACGCCGAAUCUGGCGUAUACAGCCCCACACCUGACGAUGCUCUUUUCCGCCACUUGGCAGAAGUUUACGCCAAAAAUCACCCCAUCAUGAAGACGGGGAAGCCCCAGUGUGCUGAUGAGCCCGGCGAGACCUUCAAGGAUGGCAUUACCAACGGGGCACUGUGGUAUGACGUGGCAGGAGGGAUGCAGGACUACAAUUACAUCAAAGGCAACUGCCUGGAAAUCACACUGGAGCUGAGCUGCUGCAAGUAUCCUCCAGCCGCACAGUUACACACCGAGUGGGACAACAACCGAGAGUCUCUGCUGGCUUACAUGGAGCAGAUUCACAAAGGUGUGAGAGGUUUUGUCAAAGAAGCUGGAAGUGGCGCUCCUCUCGCUGAUGCUGUAAUCCUUGUGGCGGGCAUCAAUCACAACGUGAGCACUGGUCAUUUUGGAGACUAUUACCGACUGCUGUUGCCGGGCACCUACAACAUCACAGUCGUAGAUCCUAGGUUCGUUCCCCAGACAGUGACUGGUGUGCAGGUAACUGAAGGCAAAGCUACAGAACUCAACUUCACUCUAGUACCCCUAAAUAAAGAGAGCGUAAACCCCACCACCACUCUCUCUCCGACACCCUCCGACACUUCCGGUCCUAUGACCGGUCCUACUGACAGCAGCACACCCAAAGAGGAGGGUCCCGAGACGAACCCGGUUCAGAAAUCACAGGCACUGCAGCCUCAGGAGUUCCGUCAUCACCACUACAGCGACAUGGAGCUCUUCCUGCAGAGAUUCAGCACCCAGUAUCCCUCUAUUACACGCCUGUACUCAGCCGGGAAGUCGGUGGAGGGACGCAUGCUCUGGGUCAUGGAGAUCUCCGACAAUCCAGGAGAACACGAGCAAGGUGAACCGGAGUUUAAGUACAUCGGCAACAUGCACGGCAACGAGGUGGUGGGACGGGAGCUGCUCCUCAACCUGAUCGAGUUGCUGUGCCGUAACUACGGCACCGACCCCGAGGUCACUCAGCUCGUCAACACCACCCGCAUUCACAUCAUGCCGUCCAUGAACCCAGAUGGCUACGAGGUUGCUCAAGAGGGCGAUAUCAGCGGCUACAGGGGCCGUAACAACAGCAACAACUUCGAUCUAAACCGCAACUUUCCUGACCAGUACGAGACCAUUACUGAUCCCAGACAGCCGGAGACAGUAGCGGUGAUGAACUGGGCUAAAAGCUUCCCGUUUGUACUGUCUGCUAACCUUCAUGGAGGCUCUCUAGUGGUGAAUUAUCCUUUUGAUGAUGAUUCAGAUGGCGUCACUAGAUACAGCGCAUCACCGGAUGAUCCCGUGUUUAAAAUGAUAGCCCUGGCAUACUCCAAGGAAAAUUCGCGCAUGCGUAGCGGCCACCCCUGUGUGGACCUAAAGCAGUAUCCAGGCGAGUACUUCAAAGAUGGGAUUACCAAUGGAGCUGCUUGGUACAACGUCGCUGGUGGAAUGCAGGACUGGAACUAUCUCAACACUAACUGCUUUGAGGUGACCAUUGAGGUGGGAUGUGUGAAGUACCCACCAGCAAAUGAGCUUCCAACAUACUGGGAGCACAACCAGAGAUCUUUGCUGCAAUUUAUCCAUCAGGUUCAUAAAGGAGUGAAAGGACUGGUUACUGACGGCAGAGAUGGGACGGGUAUUCCCAAUGCUACCAUCACUGUGGAGGGAAUCAAUCACUCUAUCACCACUUAUAAGGAUGGAGAUUACUGGCGAAUACUCGUUCCUGGAACCUACCACUUGACCGCCUCUGCACAGGGCUACACAUCUGUUGACACCUACGCGACGGUGCCUGAAAAUGGCGUGGAGGUGGUGGACUUCAAGCUUACCCGGAUACGGAGUGACUCGAGCGGCCCCGCCACUCAUUCGGACUCCUCUGAAGAAGAGUUCCACAGCUUCAUCAAGCAACUCUCAGUCGGACCUGGGCUGGACCAGCUCAUCCAGAACACCGGCACUACAACCAGCUUCCGUUACCAUAGCUACAAGGAGCUGUCCGAGUUCCUGCGGAGCCUCAACCUUAACUUUCCCAACAUCACCUUUCUACGCAGCCUCGGUCAGAGUGUCGAGUACAGGACCAUAUGGGCCCUUGAGAUCUCAAACAAGCCUGACGUGCCGGAGCCAUCAGAGCCCAAGAUCCGCUUUGUAGCCGGCAUCCAUGGCAAUGUCCCGGUGGGUACCGAGCUGCUCCUGGAGUUCGCGACCUAUCUGUGUAUCAACUAUGGCAAGAAUCCAGCCAUCACCAGGCUAAUCAAUGAGACCAGGAUCAUCAUCCUACCCUCUGUUAACCCAGAUGGUCGUGAACAGGCCAAAGAAAGAGAGUGCACGUCUACAGUGGGCAUGACCAAUGCCAACAACAAAGACCUUGACACAGAUUUUUUUGGCAAUGCUUCACAGCGCUCCACACCAGCCCAGCCUGAGACCCGUGCUGUAAUGGAACUGAUACAGGAGAAUGGUUUCACUCUGUCAGUGGCGCUGGAUGGCGGCUCCGUCUUAGCCACUUACCCCUAUGAUAAGCCAGUACAACCAGUUGAAAAUGAGAGCACCUUGAAGUACCUGGCUACUGUGUAUGCAACCAACCAUCCCACAAUGCAUUUAGGGAAUAACGGAUGUCCAAACAAUGGUCAAAUAGGAAACAUCCCGGAUGGAGUGCUGCGAGCGGCAGAGAGGCACAGUCACAUGGGUAGCAUGAAGGAUUUCAGUGUGGACGUUGGCCGCUGUCCAGAGAUUACUGUGUACACCAGCUGUUGCUUGUUCCCAUCAGCCGAGGAGCUGCCCACUCUCUGGGCUGAAAACAGAAAGUCUUUGCUUAGCAUGCUGGUGGAGGUGCACAAAGGAGUCCGGGGGAUAGUGAAGGACAAGAAUGGUAAGCCCAUAGUUGGAGCGAUGAUCAUACUGAAUGGUGGGGUGAGAGUGUUCACCAGUGAAGGAGGCUAUUUCCAUGCACUGCUGGCUCCAGGAUCGCACAGUAUUGAAGCAGUAGCAGAGGGAUACCAGCAGCAGCGCCAAAAAGUGAUUGUGUCGUCAUAUGAGGCGGCAAGUUCAAUCAUUAUUGAAUUUGACAUGGAUAACCGAAUCUUUGGAUUACCAAGGGAGUUAGUGGUGGCAUCUGCAGCUGCAGCUAUGACCGCCCUGGCCAUCACAGCUUGCAUCAUCUGGUGCGUGUGCUCCGCCAAGUCCAACAGACAGAAAGACGGCUUCCACCGACUGCGCCAGCACCGGGACGAGUACGACGACGAGAUCCGCCUCACCUCCAUGGGCUCCAAGAAGUCCCUGCUGAGCCACGAGUUCCAGGACGAAAGCGAAAGCGACGAGGACACUCUGUACGCCAAUAAACUCUGAGACUAUGAGAGUCCACUUGCCCGGGACGCCCACGUCCUACAGUGUUGUCCUGCUGGAGACUCUGACAGAGACAGAGAUGUUUUUCUAGUUACCAGCAUUUUGUGGCCUGUACCCAGUCCCAGCAGGAGGUACUCGACUCUCCUAAGACUGCCGUGAAAUUCCUCCCAGGAUGCACUUUAUUUCUGGUGAAAUCUGUUGACUGCUUUACUUAA